CGGCGGCGCGGCGGCGGCGGCGGCCGGGUGACACCAGCAGCGGCGCCAGGCUGGCUCGCUAGCGGGCAGGGUCGCGCGGCCCGCACCACAAACUCAGACCCGGCCGGAAGGAGGCGCGGCGCGGCGCGAGGAAGGCCGAGGCGGGCCGCGCGGGGGACCGCGGGCGCCGAGUGACAGGCCGGCGGCGGGGAGCGCGCAGGUUGCAGCCACCCGCGGCCCCGACCCGCCGGGCCCCUCGGCCGUCGCAGGCAUGAGCCACAUCCAGAUCCCGGCGGGGCUCACGGAGCUGCUGCAGGGCUACACCGUGGAGGUGCUUCGGCAGCAGCCGCCCGACCUCGUCGACUUCGCCGUGGAGUACUUCACACGCCUGCGCGAGGCCCGCUACCAGGAGUCGGACUCGUUCAUCGUCACCUCGACGACCUUCCACACGCAGGAGGCCAGCGCCGUCCCCGUCAUCGAGGAGGACGGCGAGAGCGACUCGGACUCGGACGAUGCGGAUCUGGAAGUUCCGAUUCCUACCAAAUUUACUAGACGAGUAUCAGUCUGUGCAGAAACGUUUAACCCUGAUGAAGAAGAGGAAGAUAAUGAUCCAAGGGUGGUCCACCCCAAAACUGAUGAGCAGAGAUGUAGACUUCAGGAAGCUUGUAAAGAUAUUCUUCUUUUCAAAAACCUUGAUCAGGAGCAGCUUUCUCAAGUUCUGGAUGCCAUGUUUGAAAAGAUAGUCAAAACUGACGAGCAUGUCAUUGACCAAGGAGACGACGGGGACAACUUUUACGUCAUAGAACGGGGAACCUAUGACAUUUUAGUAACGAAAGAUAAUCAAACACGUUCUGUUGGUCAGUAUGACAACCGUGGCAGUUUUGGAGAACUAGCUCUGAUGUACAAUACCCCGAGAGCUGCUACCAUCAUCGCCACCUCAGAAGGCUCCCUUUGGGGAUUGGACCGGGUGACUUUUAGAAGAAUCAUAGUGAAAAACAAUGCAAAGAAGAGGAAGAUGUUUGAAUCAUUUAUUGAGUCUGUUCCACUCUUUAAAUCACUAGAGAUGUCAGAACGAAUGAAGAUUGUGGAUGUGAUCGGGGAAAAGAUCUAUAAGGACGGAGAGCGAAUAAUCACUCAGGGUGAAAAGGCUGACAGCUUUUAUAUUAUAGAGUCUGGAGAAGUGAGCAUCUUGAUUAGAAGCAAGACUAAAACGAACAAGAAUGGUGGGAACCAGGAGGUCGAGAUCGCCCAUUGCCAUAAGGGGCAGUACUUCGGAGAACUUGCCCUGGUCACCAACAAACCCAGAGCUGCUUCUGCUUAUGCGGUUGGAGAUGUCAAAUGCUUAGUUAUGGAUGUUCAAGCAUUUGAGAGGCUCCUGGGCCCCUGCAUGGACAUCAUGAAGAGGAACAUCUCUCAUUACGAAGAACAGCUGGUGAAGAUGUUUGGCUCCAACUUGGAUCUGAUGGACCCCGGGCAGUAGAUGUGAUGAAUCUCAGAGCCUUCUCAGUGUGAUACCAAAACCUUCCAGUCAGCCACAAGAACACACACAGAAAACAGACACGACAGAACCGUUCCUGCUGCUGUCUCCGCCGCUGCCAUUGCUGUGGUUAAGGACAUUUAGAAAUCUUGAAAGUCAGCACUGAAAGAUGGACGGGAGGCUCCACCCACACCCACCCUCCCCUUUGCUUCUGAACGCCGUCAUUAGACCACUCAUGUCAUUACUCCAACCCAGGUUUCACAUUUGGUUCAGAAUGGCAUGUCUCUCCAGCAAUUUAAGUGCCUGAUACAAAGUCCAAAGUGUAAACCUCGUCCUCUCCUCUCUUGCUGCUAAUGUUGCUUCUGAAAGUUCUAAGGUCUGCAGAAACCUGUUGAAUAACUGUAGACACCUCCACAGCCCUUCUCAAGGGAGGAAGCAGUAGAGCCUCCCAUUCCCUUGUCUUAGAGAGUCCACAGUGUGUUUACUAUUGCUGCUUUACUCUGCGGUGGAAGGUGGUAGCAGUUAUACUGGAGGCCUGUGCCCCAGAGGCCCUGUUCUAGUUGCUGGCAGCUACACACUCUGUAGCUGUGUCCAAGCUCUGAAAAAGUCCCUCUUGAAGGCCCAGCAGGUUCAGAUGAGCAGAUUGAGUACUUAGACUCAGAGGAAACUUGGACUCAGCACUCUUGCCAGCAGUAGCCAGGAAAGGUUAUCUGGGUUAGGGGGUUUUUGUUGUUUGUUUUUAGUAAGUUUUUUUUUGUUUUGUUUUGUUUAACCUCUGUGCUGUUUACAUAAACAAAUUGCUGUCCAUUUCUAAGGAGCCAGGGGUGGCUGGUUAGCUUAGCUGGUCAGAGCACGGUGCUGAUCCAAGGAGCCAGGGUCUGAUGGUGUUGUCACUUAUCUGCCCUGAGUACUUCCCCAAGUGACCCCUGCCAUGUCCCUUUUCCCUGGCUGAUGGCAGGAAGCCAACAGGAGGCUGUGCUGCACAGACAACUCUCCCCUUCUGGCAUUAUUGUAUAGUGUGGCUAGUAAUCAUCAGUUUUUAAACUCUUAAAAAGAAGCUAUUUUUUUUUUAAGGAAAUUAUUUCUAUAUUUAGAGAAUUCACCUUGGAUGUAUUCAUAUACAUAGAGUUUGUCCACUGACUCAGUCAUUUGUCCUAAAUAUCCGUUUUCAAAACUUGGUAUCACUGGGGUAGGGGUUGGGUGCAGCUCAGUGGCAAAGUACUUAUGUAGCAUGUGCGAGGCUCUGGGUUUGGCCUCCAGCACUGUAAUAGGCACAGGAAGACAGGUUAUCAUGUAUAAACGUGGAAUUACUGUGAAGGCCUUUCUAAGAAACAGUCUUGACUUUUGCCAUGGUCACUGUAGCCAAGAAAUGUCCAAAGUAGGUGAGUUGCCACAAUUUUGGUAAUUAGUCACUUUUUCUUGUGUU